AUGCUCUUGAGACACACUAUAAUCGGUGCAUUCACAGCAACACUUAUCGUUGCCACAGAUGCCGCUGGAGGUAUCAGAACGCCGGCUUUCAAAGAUAACUCAUUCCUCGCAAACGUUGUGAAGUUCGUUGAGGAAUCUCGCAAAGCGCAAGCCCAGAUCAAAAGUCAGAAUAACGGGAACCAGAUCAUUGAACCUUUACGACUUGUAGGAGUGCAGUCUGUUGCAGCGAACAUCGUGCCACCAAUUGAACAAGCGGACCAACAAUCCACCGUGCAACAAGCAGACUUCCGGGUUGAAACAGGGCUCUUCUUUGAUCUCAACAAAGGUCAAUACGAUGACAAUGAAGACUGCGAAGAGGAAGAAGAGGAAGAGGAGAAGAAGAGUAAACUCAAGAAACUCCUUUUCUUUCUUCCGUCAAGUGUUGAGAUGGAAGCCAGAUAUGGAAACUCCACUACUCCCGUUUUGGUUUCGCCCACCAUUCUCGUUAAUCGCAUGGAUUCAAACCGCAAAGAUCUCUAUUCCAGUGUCCCUCAGCAGAAUGGUUACGAAGAGAAGGUGAUUGAGAACUCGCUGGGAUCAGUGUCCGUGCCCAAAGAGCCAACUGAAUCAAAAUCCGCCAAACCAACUAAAUCAUUACCUUCAGCUGACUCAUCCGGUCGUCACACUAAAACCUCCAAUUUCAAUCUUGACUCGUCUUCAAUCAAUAUCAACCUUCCAGCACCUGAUCUCGAACAACCUAUCGAUUCUUCAAACACCAGUGUGAACUCUCAAUCUCGUCACAGCUCACAUUUCACCAUUACCACUACCAGAGACUGGCCACCAAGAAACAUGCUGUCGAAAAUCCACUAUCCUCCGUAUAUUCCUUACAGACACCACUCGCUGGCAUCACUGGUGGCAUGGAAUAUUCUUGGGUUUGUGAUAAGUGUUCUCUCCAUUAACUGGUAG